GCGGCCUGUCCCACCACUCCCAUCUCCCGCUGUACGGGCGGGCCGUGCGGAUUCCACAGCCGACGCCCCUCCCACUCCGUGACGUCACCGGGUGGGCUGUAGUCGCCGCUUCCUUGCCGUCCGUAGACGUAGCGCGCACGGCGACGUCCGGUGGCUGUGUCAGUUACUGAGAGCAGAGAGUCGCAGCAGGCCAGGCGGAGUGGGUCCAGCACCAGAGGCACCAUGGUAGCUCAACAGAAGAACCUUGAAGGAUAUGUGGGCUUUGCUAAUCUGCCAAAUCAAGUGUACAGGAAGUCUGUGAAGAGGGGGUUUGAAUUCACACUUAUGGUUGUAGGUGAAUCUGGUUUGGGAAAGUCAACUCUCAUCAAUUCACUUUUCUUAACGGAUUUAUAUGCCCCAGAUUACCCGGGUCCAUCGCACAGAAUAAAAAAAACUGUUCAGGUUGAGCAGUCCAAAGUUUUAAUCAAAGAAGGUGGAGUCCAGCUGCUUCUCACAAUAGUAGACACCCCUGGGUUUGGCGAUGCGGUGGACAAUAGUAACUGUUGGCAGCCAGUUAUCGACUACAUUGACAGUAAAUUUGAGGACUACCUUAAUGCAGAAUCACGGGUCAACAGACGUCAGAUGCCCGACAACCGCGUGCAAUGCUGCUUAUACUUCAUCGCUCCUUCAGGCCAUGGGCUGAAGCCAUUGGACAUUGAAUUUAUGAAGCGUCUCCACGAAAAAGUCAAUAUCAUUCCACUUAUUGCUAAAGCGGAUACCCUCACGCCAGAAGAAUGCCAGCAGUUUAAAAAACAGAUAAUGAAGGAAAUCCAAGAACACAAAAUAAAGAUCUAUGAAUUUCCUGAAACAGAUGACGAAGAAGAAAAUAAGCUGGUGAAAAAAAUAAAGGACCGUUUACCUCUUGCUGUGGUGGGUAGCAACACUACCAUAGAAGUGAAUGGCAAGAGAGUAAGAGGAAGACAGUAUCCAUGGGGAGUUGCAGAAGUUGAAAACAGCGAACAUUGUGAUUUCACUAUACUGCGGAACAUGUUGAUAAGAACACACAUGCAGGAUCUGAAGGAUGUCACCAAUAAUGUACAUUAUGAGAACUACAGAAGCAGAAAACUAGCAGCUGUGACUUACAAUGGUGUGGACAACAACAAAAACAAAGGACAGCUAACAAAACGUGAAACGGUUGAAGGCAUGAGCCCUCUAGCUCAGAUGGAAGAAGAAAGAAGGGAACAUGUGGCGAAGAUGAAGAAAAUGGAGAUGGAAAUGGAGCAAGUGUUUGAGAUGAAGGUCAAGGAAAAAGUUCAGAAGCUUAAGGAUUCUGAAGCAGAACUCCAGCGACGUCAUGAGCAGAUGAAAAAGAACCUGGAGGCUCAGCACAAAGAGUUGGAAGAGAAGAGGCGUCAAUUUGAGGAGGAGAAGAUGAACUGGGAAACUCAGCAACGUCUACUGGAACAGCAGAAUUCUUCCAGGACCUUGGAGAAAAAUAAGAAGAAAGGGAAGAUCUUUUAAGACAUUUUUUGACCACCUUACUCUGUAUCCGUUGCCAAUUUGCCAGCACAGACAUCAGUGUUUGUUGGAGCCAUUCAGCCACUUCUGAAACCAGUUGCAUCCAUUAAUGUUGGAUUAAACGGCAUGACCUUUUUUUUUUUUUAUUAUUGAUCUUAGUGGAGAUAAAUAUGCCUUGAAUUGUUUGAGGUUUUUUUGUUCUUUUUUUGCAUACUUGGAGAACUAUACGUUGCAAGUAACUGCUCCUUCUUUCCUACUUCUCUUUCUUUUUAACUGAUGUCUUCAUUUUAAAAUCAAGAAAAAAGCAUUUUACUGUUGUAGGAGCGUGGUCUGGUGGCUGGUAGCAGGAUAUUCCACAAUACAAAGACUCUGGCUUAACAAUGAAGAUAAACGCCAUACUUUUGUUACAUCUUCUAACUCGCGCACACGUAACAAAGAACUUCCAUGCUUACGGUUUCUUGUCAUUUACCUUUUCCCCCCUAUUUUGACACUUCCAUUGUUUAAAGAUACACAUGGGAAUUACAGGCUUACAGUGCACAGUUGGCUUUUCUUUCAUUUUUUCCCCCCAAAACCAAACUCUAGUGACUGGGGAAUACUUAAAAUAUAUGCUUUUCCAUGUAAUACCUUCUUUCCAGGGGACUCUUAAUAACUGCUUCCUUUUUGUAAUAACAUUUACUUUAGAUAUUAUUUUUUGAGUAUGGGCCCUACUGGUUUAAAGUAUAUCUUAUUUCUCUGCAGUAGGAGUCAGUGAGUAAAACCUCUAUAUAUGUUUGUUUUUUUAUUUUUUACUUUCUGCCUCGUCUUGUGGUAAGGCAGCAGGAAUGAUGCAUUUAUAGGUCAUUUCUAGAUACAAAUAACAAACAUUCUGUUCCUACCCAUUUGUGCAGUCUAUUUUAUGUUUUGCUAGAAACGGGAAUCAUGGCCUCACAAGGAGAGGAACAUCACAAUUUUGCAUUUAGCUGUAUUCAUAUACUGCAUUCUGUAUUUUUUUGUUUGUAUUGUACAAAGUCACAUAAUAAACAAUGUUGUGAUGUAAUACUGCAA